AUGGCCGAGCCAGCGCCCUACGGGGGCUUCAUGACCCGAACUAUAGACGCUGAGAAGGAGCAGGAGGAGAAGCUCAAACAGCAGCAGGUGGAAAUCCAGAUCAACGGCGUCUCACAAACGCUAAGGCCCGAGGCAUUGCACAUCCAUGGAGUCGAUAACUUAUCCACAGAAGACCUCCAGGCGUUUGUGGACUACUACCUCAAUUUUGAAAAGGUCGGCGAUAACGAGUAUAGAGAGUUUGAGUCGCCAAUCUGGUUCAGAGUUCAGUGGAUCGACGACCUGAAUGUGAAUUUAGUGUUCAAGACCCAUGAGCACGCUGCUGAGGCGCUCAGAGCCUUGUCGAUCUCGGGAGGUCCCUCAGAUAAUGAGAUCAAAGAGUUCAGUCAGGAGUACGUCUCUUCGAUUGUCCAAGAAAGAGAAACCAAACCAUACGCAGCAAGUAUUUCAUUCCACAAGUACCAGAAAGAACUCCAAAAACAGUCAGAGGAAAAGGAUCUCUUUGAGGACAAAAAACCUAAGGAGGAAGUUCAUGAGAACGGAAUGGAUGAGGAUGACAGCUCUGUUGUCUUGUACAUCAGACAGAGUUUCCAGUCGGACAGAAAAGUGAAAAACGCUGCUGCGUAUUCGAGGUACUAUUUGCUUCAUGGAGAACCAGACAGAACGCAGAGACAGAGUACUGCAAGACCUGAGCGUAACGGUAGGGACCGUGGAGGGUAUGCCAGAGAAGAGGAAGAAACUGACGACCUAUUUGCUGACAAGCUCGAAUCGAUCAAGAGUCGUCGUGAGGAAGAGGACGAUUUGUUUGCUUGGAGAUUGCGAGAGCAGUCUCCUGGGAGAGAGAAUAGAAGAGGCGGUAGAGGUGGUAGAGGUGGCAGACGCAGAGGCAGAGGAAGAAGGUGA